CGAGCGGGAAACCGAGCCGGCGAAGGAGGCGCGCGUAGUGGGCUCCGAGCUCGUGGACACGUAUACGGUUUACAUCAUCCAGGUCACUGAUGGCAGCCACGAGUGGACAGUCAAGCACCGCUACAGUGACUUCCAUGACCUGCAUGAAAAGCUCGUUGCAGAGAGAAAGAUUGAUAAAAAUCUGCUUCCACCCAAAAAGAUAAUUGGGAAAAACUCAAGAAGUUUGGUGGAGAAGAGGGAGAAGGAUCUGGAGGUCUACCUCCAGACACUCCUGGCUGCCUUCCCUGGUGUGGCCCCCAGAGUGCUGGCCCACUUCUUGCAUUUUCACUUCUACGAAAUAAAUGGCAUCACUGCGGCACUGGCCGAAGAGCUCUUUGAAAAAGGUGAACAGCUCCUGGGGGCCGGUGAGGUCUUUGCCAUCGGGCCCCUGCAGCUCUAUGCAGUCACCGAGCAGCUGCAGCAAGGAAAGCCCACAUGUGCCAGCGGAGACGCCAAGACUGACCUUGGGCACAUCCUGGACUUCACCUGUCGCCUUAAGUACCUCAAGGUUUCUGGCACAGAAGGACCUUUUGGGACCAGCAACAUUCAGGAGCAGCUCCUGCCAUUUGAUUUGUCAAUAUUCAAGUCCCUUCAUCAGGUGGAGAUAAGUCACUGUGAUGCUAAGCACAUCCGCGGGCUGGUCGCAUCAAAGCCUACCUUAGCCACGAUGAGUGUCCGCUUCUCAGCAACCUCAAUGAAAGAAGUCCUUGUUCCUGAAGCGUCAGAAUUUGAUGAGUGGGAGCCAGAAGGCACAGCCCUGGAAGGCCCUGUGACUGCCAUUAUUCCUACUUGGCAAGCACUGACCACUCUUGACCUGAGCCACAACAGCAUCUCCAAGAUUGACGAGUCUGUGAAAUUGAUCCCAAAGAUUGAGUUCCUUGACCUGAGCCACAAUGGAUUGCUGCUUGUGGACAAUCUGCAGCACCUGUACAACCUCGUGCAUCUGGACCUGUCCUACAACAAGCUCUGCUCCUUGGAAGGGCUUCACACCAAACUGGGGAACAUCAAGACCCUGAACCUAGCGGGCAACCUCCUGGAGAGUCUGAGUGGCCUGCACAAGCUCUACUCACUGGUCAACCUGGAUCUCAGCGACAACAGAAUUGAACAGAUGGAGGAGGUGCGGAGCAUAGGCAGCCUUCCAUGUCUGGAGCAUGUGGCUCUGCUGAACAACCCUCUGAGCAUUAUCCCUGAUUACCGGACCAAGGUGCUUGCUCAGUUCGGAGAGAGGGCCUCUGAGGUCUGUCUGGAUGACACAGUGACUACAGAGAAGGAGCUGGACACUGUGGAAGUGCUGAAAGCAAUUCAGAAAGCCAAGGAGGUCAAGUCCAAACUGAGCAACCCAGAGAGAAAGGCUGGUGAGGAUUCCCGGCUCUCAGCUGCCCCCUGUGCCAGACCCAGCGGCUCUCCUCCCACCGUGGUUUCCACCUCUGCCUCUCUGCCCCAGCCCAUUCUCGCCAACCAAGGAAUCAUGUUCGUGCAGGAGGAAGCCCUGGCCAGCAGCCUCUCGUCCACCGACAGUCUGAUUCCCGAGGACCGGCCCCUUGCCCAGGGAUGCUCUGAUUCCUUGGAGUCCAUCCCUGCAGGACAGGCAGCUUCUGAUGAUUUGAGGGACGUGCCAGGAGCUGUUGGUGGUGCAAGCCCAGAGCACGCAGAGCCAGAGGUCCAAGUGGUACCUGGGUCUGGCCAGAUCAUCUUCCUGCCCUUUACCUGCAUUGGCUACACGGCCACCAACCAGGACUUCAUCCAGCGCCUAAGCACACUGAUCCGACAGGCCAUCGAGCGGCAGCUGCCCGCCUGGAUCGAGGCCGCCAACCAGCGGGAGGAGGGCCAGGGUGAGGAGGAGGACGAUGAGGAGGAGGACAUUGCUGAGAACCGCUACUUUGAAAUGGGGCCCCCAGACGUGGAGGAAGAGGAGGAAGGAGGCCGGAGGGAGGAAGAGGAGGAGGAGGAAGAGGAGGAUGAGGCUGAGGAGGAGCGCCUGGCUCUGGAGUGGGCCCUGGGCGCAGACGAGGACUUCCUGCUGGAGCACAUCCGCAUCCUCAAGGUGCUGUGGUGCUUCCUGAUCCACGUACAGGGCAGCAUCCGCCAGUUUGCCGCCUGCCUCGUGCUCACUGACUUCGGCAUUGCCGUCUUCGAGAUCCCACAUCAAGAGUCUCGGGGCAGCAGCCAGCACAUCCUCUCGUCCCUACGCUUUGUCUUUUGCUUCCCACAUGGUGACCUCACCGAGUUUGGUUUCCUUAUGCCUGAGCUGUGUCUGGUGCUCAAGGUGCGGCACAGCGAGAAUACGCUCUUCAUCAUCUCGGAUGCUGCCAACCUGCACGAGUUCCAUGCAGACUUGCGUUCAUGCUUCGCCCCACAGCACAUGGCCAUGCUGUGCAGCCCCAUCCUCUACGGCAGCCACACCAGCCUGCAGGAGUUCCUGCGCCAGCUACUCACCUUCUACAAGGUGGCCGGUGGCUGCCAGGAGCGCAGUCAGGGCUGCUUCCCCGUCUACCUGGUCUAUAGUGACAAGCGCAUGGUGCAGACGGCUGCUGGGGACUACUCGGGCAACAUCGAGUGGGCCAGCUGCACACUCUGCUCAGCUGUGCGGCGCUCCUGCUGCGCGCCCUCUGAGGCUGUCAAGUCCGCCGCCAUUCCCUACUGGUUGCUGCUCACACCCCAACACCUCAAUGUCAUCAAGGCCGACUUCAAUCCCAUGCCCAACCGUGGCACUCACAACUGUCGCAACCGUAACAGUUUUAAGCUCAGCCGCGUGCCGCUGUCCACUGUGCUGCUGGACCCCACACGCAGCUGCACCCAGCCACGGGGAGCCUUCGCUGAUGGCCACGUGCUUGAGCUGCUCGUGGGCUACCGCUUUGUCACUGCCAUCUUUGUGUUGCCCCACGAGAAGUUCCACUUCCUGCGCAUCUACAACCAGCUGCGGGCCUCGCUGCAGGACCUGAAGACCGUGGUCAUAGCCAAGACUCCUGCAACUGGGGCCAGCCCCCAGGGCCCCCUUUUGGAUGACCAGCCUGCCGAAGGUGGGGCCAGCAAUGACCAGCAUCCCCAGGAGCCUCCUGCAGAGGCUCCAGCCCUAGCAGCAGCCUCAGCCCCAGGCCCAGCAAAGACUCCAGCACCCACAGAGGCCUCAGCUCCAGCUUUGGUCCCAGAGGAGGCCCCAGUGGAGGCCCCAGCUCCGGCUCCAGUCCCAGCAGAGGCUCUGGCUCAAGCUGAGGCCCCAGCACAGUACCCAAGUGAGCACCUGAUCCAGUCCACCUCGGAGGAGAAUCAGAUUCCCUCACAUUUGCCUGCCUGCCCGUCGCUCCGGCACAUUGCCACCCUGCGGGGGAGUGCCAUCAUCGAGCUCUUCCACAGCAGCAUUGCUGAGGUUGAAAACGAGGAGCUGCGGCACCUCAUGUGGUCCUCAGUGGUAUUCUACCAGACCCCUGGGCUGGAGGUGACUGCCUGUGUGCUGCUCUCCACCAAGGCUGUGUACUUUGUGCUGCAUGACGGCCUUCGCCGCUACUUCUCGGAGCCGCUGCAGGAUUUCUGGCAUCAGAAAAAUGCCGACUACAAUAACAGUCCCUUCCACAUCUCCCAGUGCUUUGUUCUAAAACUCAGCGACCUGCAGUCAGUCAACGUUGGGCUUUUUGACCAGUAUUUCCGGCUGACGGGCUCCUCCCCGGUGCAGGUGGUCACAUGCUUGACACGGGACAGCUACCUGACGCACUGCUUCCUCCAGCACCUCAUGGUUGUGCUGUCCUCGCUGGAACGCACACCCUCACCUGAGCCUGUUGACAAGGACUUCUACUCUGAGUUUGGGAACAAGACCACAGGGAAGGUGGAGAACUACGAGCUGAUUCACUCAAGUCGUGUCAAGUUCACCUACCCCAGCGAGGAGGAGAUUGGGGACCUGACAUUCAUCGUGGCCCAGAAGAUGUCUGACCCAGAGAAGGCUCCAGCCCUCAGCAUCCUGCUGUACGUGCAGGCCUUCCAGGUGGGCACACCGCCACCUGGGCGCUGUAGAGGUCCCCUGCGCCCCAAGACACUCCUGCUCACCAACACUGAGAUCUUUCUCCUGGAUGAGGACUAUGUCCACUACCCAUUGCCCGAGUUUGCCAAAGAGCCACCUCAGAGAGACAGGUACCGCCUGGACGAUGGCCGCCGCGUCCGGGACCUGGACCGAGUGCUUAUGGGCUACCAGACCUACCCACAGGCCCUUACCCUCGUCUUUGACGAUGUGCAGGGCCAUGACCUCAUGGGCAGUGUCACCCUGGACCACUUUGGUGAAGUGCCAGGUAGCCCAGUUGAAGCCAGUCAGGGCCGUGAAGUUCAGUGGCAGGUGUUUGUCCCCAGUGCUGAGAGCCGAGAGAAGCUCAUCUCACUGUUGGCCCGCCAGUGGGAGGCCCUGUGCGGCCGGGAGCUGCCCGUUGAGCUCACUGGCUAGCUCAGGCCACAGCCAGUUUUUGUCACCUGCCCUGUCUAACCUGGCACCUGCUAGGGUGGAGCAGCAGGCUUUUGUUGUUCUCUUGAAAAUGUUUUCUCCUCCCUUUUGGUACCAUAAUUGGACUGUCCUUGCAAAGAAUGUGAACGUGUAUAUGUGCUCAGUUAACGGAGUGAGAAUUCCAUAUCCCAUCCAGAGCUGUCUGUGUGCCGUCGGCCUCCCAUGGGUGUGUCGCCUGCCCUGGAGUGGCAUGGUUGGGCACAUCAGUGUCGUGUCUCUUGUCGUGGACUGUUGUUAACACAUGAUGCUGUGGGUCUGAUUUACUCUGGUACACAUUUUCUUCUGAAAUGUCAAAUCCAGUCCCUUGUAGCUGUUGCUGUCACUGUGGGCAUUUUGCUGCUAAUUGUGAAGCUGGUAGUAGAAUACAUGUUGGAAGCUCCCGCCCCCUGCGGUUUUUCAAAGUGGGACCUCCCCUGGUCCACACUAGUGGGGCAGCCCAUGGGGGCAGGAGUCCCCCAGGCCUUUGGGCUAAGAGAAGUUGGGAGCAGGGGACCUCGAGCUGCCAGCACCAAGUGUGAUUCCUGUUGCCUAUAUCCUCUAUUCCAAUAAAGCAGAGUUUGACACAG